AUGUCUCAAAGAGCUCCCAGCCAAGAUUCAGAGUACUCCAACUCCGUUAACGCAUCAAAUAGCGGCAGCACUGGAGAUAGCUCUGUCACGGUGGAGACGUAUCUUCCUCCAGGUACAGUCAUAGCAUCCGUCUUUCCUAAUUCUCAACUUACAGGCUCUUAUAGGAGCUCUACUGGUCAAUAUACGCAUUUCUAUAACGGUCCGAAUGGGCACUUUCAAGUGACUGAGUGUGCAUGGACAGAGAAAAACUGA